GAGCUCGUGGCGCCUGCGCACACUUCGCCGCUGCCGCCCACUCCAGAUCCGACCUUACCGAGAGCAGAGCUGAAUGGGCUUCCGGGACGCCGUCCCCGGCGAGGAGUUGGCGCUUCCUAGGCGACCGGAACCCCGCUGACUCGUCCUCCUUCGACCAGAAACCCUCCUCCUGGGCCCGCGCAGGAGGAGUGGGGUCUCUGAGGGAGCGGCGAGCCCGCCGGCCCCGGUCUCUUUCCCUGGCGGCUGCGGCUUCUACCGUAAGACAAUAUGUUCAAGAGAAUGGCCGAAUUUGGGCCUGACUCCGGCGGGAGAGUGAAGGGUGUUACUAUCGUUAAACCAAUAGUUUAUGGUAAUGUUGCUCGAUACUUUGGAAAGAAAAGAGAAGAAGAUGGGCACACCCAUCAGUGGACAGUAUAUGUAAAACCAUAUAGAAAUGAGGAUAUGUCAGCAUAUGUGAAGAAAAUCCAAUUUAAAUUACAUGAAAGCUAUGGCAAUCCUUUGAGAGUUGUUACUAAGCCUCCAUAUGAGAUUACUGAAACAGGAUGGGGUGAAUUCGAAAUAAUCAUCAAAAUAUUUUUCAUUGAUCCUAAUGAAAGACCUGUAACACUGUAUCAUUUAUUAAAGCUGUUUCAGUCAGACACCAAUGCAAUGCUGGGGAAAAAAACAGUGGUUUCAGAGUUUUAUGAUGAAAUGAUAUUUCAAGACCCAACAGCAAUGAUGCAACAAUUAUUGACAACAUCUCGUCAGCUUACCUUAGGAGCCUAUAAGCAUGAAACAGAAUUUGCAGAACUUGAAGUGAAAACCAGAGAAAAAUUAGAAGCUGCAAAAAAAAAAACAAGCUUUGAAAUUGCAGAGCUUAAAGAGAGAUUGAAAGCAAGUCGUGAAACUAUAAAUUGUUUAAAAAAUGAAAUCAGAAAACUGGAAGAAGAUGAUCAGACAAAAGAAAUAUAAACAGUUCUGAAGACAACUUGAUAGUGAGCUAAGAUGAAAAUAAGGUGGACUUUAAAGGAAAGAUGGACUACAAAUGCUACAGUGUUUCUAAAAGGAACUUUGUAUAUAGCUGUCGACCAUAGAUUUUUCAGCAAUGGGGUCAAAGUGUUUGUACUUUACCAGCAAUCUUUAAUGUGAAAUAUGUGUAUAAUAAGAAUGAAUGGUGUAUAGGUAUUUUACCAACCCAUUUUGGAGUAGUUCUGUGAUGUUAAGCACAAUUUUAAAAUAUUUUUAUUGCAUUGUAUGUAUAGCUUAUCCUUUUGACAGGCAUUGAAAUUUCAUUAUAAAGUAUAAUUUGUACAAAUUUUGUACUUCCCCUAGUAGUUAGAAUUAGUCGUAAAAUUAAUGUGUGUAUUAAAUUUUUACCUCCCCCAUCCCAGCUCUUUUGUAUCUGAUGUGCCCGGUGUCCAGUAAGCACUGAAUAAAUGUAGUCUGCAUAUGCUA